UCGAAAGAAGUAAAAUAAAAUAAAAUCGUGAGAAUGAUCUUUACCUUCAAAAUAAACAAUACCUCACCACCAACUCAGUCCAACAAUCCUUACCCAAACAUCUUUCAGGCAACAACUCCAAAAUGUACAAUACCUCAUCGAGAAUGAAUACCAAUCGCUGUGGGAUCCUUUGACUUUGAACUUGCACUCAUGGAGGACCCCAUCCAUGAAAGAAGGGUUUUAUUGUGCACAGAAUUUGACUAUCUUUGUCUUUAAAAUAUCAGCAAUGUUAGAAUAUAUAACAUGCCACAAUUCCUUUUUAUGUUUCACGUUCUUAAAUGUGAACAGGCCAGCUCGACGUCGACUAAUGACUACAUGGAUCCACCACUGCAGCAACUCGUAGGACUUUUAAUUUGAUAAUCAAUUAAACUCCAAGUCAACUCCUCCAUAUAUAUAUAGUCAGUUUAAUGACUUCCUCUUCUUCUAUCUCAAUCCAAAAGAUGCAGUACCCUCUAUUGUUUUCCAUUUUCUUCCUCUUUUUCUUCCUUGGAUUUGCAUCUGCAGAUUAUCUUCAGAAUUCCGACUUCGAGUCGCCACCAAAGAACUUGACCAGAAACAGCAAUGUCCCAUUUGUGUUGCUGAAUGAAAACAACACGAUCCCAGGAUGGACAUUCCAAGGGACAGUUCAGUAUGUAACAGCUGGUCGAACCAUGGCAUUGCCAGAUAAUGGACAUGCCAUACAAUUGGGUCAAGAUGCCAAAAUCAACCAGACUUUCCAAGCCAACGGCGAUUACAUGGAAUAUAUACUUACAUUUACUUUAGCUCCAGAUGGUCAGAACUGUUCAGCUAAUGCUAAUAUAAUAGUUUCAGGACCAGACAAUCAGGGGAUCUUCUCUUUCAAGCAGCAUUAUGGGAAGCAAGCAUGGCAGAGCUAUGGCCAGUACCUAGGUCUUGCUGGUCAGGAUGAAACCGUUAACCUCGUCUUUGAAAGCCAAGCAGUUGAAUCUGAUGAUAACUCCACAUGUUGGCCGGUGAUUGACUCAUUACUUGUCAAAGCAGUAGAAAAACCGGUUCAAACCAAAGAUAACCUGUUGCUGAAUGGAGGAUUCGAAUUUGGCCCUGAAUUCUUAAGCAACUCCACUGAGGGGAUUCUACUUGAUUCUGCAUUAAGUCCAGUUCAAUCACCGUUAAGAAAAUGGGCUGUGGUUGGGACAAUCAAAUAUAUAAGCUCCAAGCACUUCUUUGUGCCCCAUGGCAAUGCUGCAGUGGAGAUUGUAUCAGGUAUUUCAGCUGGCAUACAUACCGAAGUAACACUUGCAGAAGGUUCCGCAUAUAAUCUGGAGUUCACACUAGGAGAUGCUAACAAUGCCUGUGAAGGAGAUUUUAUCGUAGAAGUUCGAGCCGGAUCAGUAGCUCAGAAUUUUACGAUAAGAAGUAAUGGGACAGGAUCAGUGGAGAAAUCUUUGAUCAAGUUCAAGGCAGGUUCAAGAGCUACUCCAAUCAGUUUUUCAAGCUUCACAACAAGUCAGACAAAAGAUGGUAUCUUUUGCGGUCCUGUGGUUGACAAUGUAGUCUUGCUCUCCUCCAAUGGCCUGAUAAUCAUAAUCAAUCCGAACAUUUUGAUUUCUCUGUUAUUGCUUAUAGUGAUUCUAUGGUAAUGAGCUCUAGCAUAUGCAAUUCUUUAGCUACUUAGUUGAGCAAGCCUUUUCUUUUGACAUCAAAAUUCUGUUUUACGAAGUGGAUUAGAAACCCUUCGGUGAACUUGCACCAAUCUGUAGUGGAAGCAAAGAACCUCAAUCCCUGAAUGGAAUAACAGUUGUUUCUGCCGAAAAUUAUAUGCCAAUGCCAUAUCUAUUAAGUUGGGAACAGUGGAAAAUUCAGGGCACACCAUAGAAAAUAUUAACCAAGCAAGCAUUGUAUUUACUACAGGAUUUAAAAGAAAAAAAAAUGCUAUAUUUGCUUUAUCCUUUUGGAUGACGAUAUACAGUAUUCUGUUCUUUUGAGUAUGAAGCAUAUGUUAAAACAAUCUGUAUCAUAGUUACAAAGAUGAACUAUAUAUAAUUCUCUUACCAUAAAUUUAGACUCUAACUAAUUGUGGUUCUUUACAGACAAAUGUUUUACCACUGCUAGAGAUGCUCUGGGCAAAAGCUUCCUCCAUUUUCUGUGUUCUUUCU